AACUCCGUGAUGUUUGUCCCUGCUCGGCUGCCGUCAGGGAGCUGAUGCCUCAGAACAAACCAGAACUGAGUGAACUUCUGCUUUCACUGCGCGGCAGUGAUUGAGAUAUCAAAAACAUGCCAUAGCUCAGGGUCUCUGCAUUGACAGUGUCGCAAAGUAGCCGGUAUCCGUUCAGAGUCUCCGCAUCACUAAUCUCGACCGCGUCCUCUCGAGCUCAGAUUUACAAUAGUAAGGAGGCACCUGCAGCCAGAUGGACCAAAGAUGUGUCAAAACAAGAUUGGGGAUUUUCUUUUCUUCAGUGCACUAGAAAUACUUUUCUAAAGAUGACUUCGACAUCCUGUGAAAUGGAAGGUCUGAAGUGAUGGAGAACAGAAAGGAGGGCCCUGUGAGGGAGCAAACCCUAGAACAGGAGCGAGGACUGCUCCAUAUCUGGCAUUCAGCCGGCCCUGGUCUUCAGCCUUGUCCAGAGAGAGUGCUUUUUUCCAGGCCUGUCCUACAGGCUGCCCUUGGUGAACACCAUGGACUCCUGCUUACACAAGGUGGUCUGGUGUAUUCUUUCGGGGAGCUGUUGUGGAGGGAUGUAAGCAUCCCAGUGUCUGCACCAGUGCUGGAGGCCUCAUUGCUGGGAAAGACAAUGGUCCUUGUGGCUGCUGGUGGCUUUCACUGCGGAGCCCUUAGUGACCAGGGCAACAUCUACAUGUGGGGAGAGAACACUGCUGGACAGUGUGGGCUGACCGAGAGUGGUGCAGCUUCAAACAUCACAGUUUCAGAGCCUUGUCCAGUCCCCGUGGUGGACAGGGAUGUCGUUCCUCCAGCAAUGGUUAAGGUAGUGGACCUGGCUUUUGGACGGGAGCACAGCCUGGCUCUUUCAGCCCAGAAUGAGCUUUGGGCGUGGGGAAGUGGUUGCCAGCUUGGCCUGGUCACCAGUACCUUCCCUGUAUGGAAACCACAUAAGGUGGAGCACUUGGCAGGCAGACAUGUACUCCAGGUGGCUUGUGGUGCCUACCACAGUCUGGCACUGGUUCAGAGUUUACCUCCAAAGAACUACAAUACCCAGAGGCUUGAGAAAAGGGAGAAGAGCCAGUCACCUCAGCCCUUUGCAUCAGAGAGGGAUGACUUGUUUGCAGCUGACUCUGGUCACUACUGUCCACUAGGGGUGGAGCUCACUAAAGUCAUGUCAGAUGUGACCCCUCCAAGAAGAAGAAGCCCCAGACCAAGGCUACAACACGGUGGAAUGCCAGCUGGCAGUAGCUCUUGCACCAAGCUUGAACACCAUGAGCACACUGACCCACUCACUCAAGUAGAUGGCAGCCUCUUAUCCCACUCAAUGCCUGUCUGGAGAGCUAAUAAGGACUCUGCUUCCCUUGAUGAAAUGGAGCUUCAGAAUGUUGUCCAGAAAAACUCAAGUUUCUCAUGCGACCACAUUACAGGGCCAGGAGAUACCGACUCACUGAGCAGUUACACGUCAGAAGACAGCUGUGUCUCUUCAACUCCAUCCACUGAUCUUUUGACUUCCAGUUUCAAAGAAGAGUUAGCAAUGAAAAGCCAAACAAACAAUAACAGUGGAGCAGACAUGCCAUACUCCUCUUCCCCAGCGUGUUUGGAAGAAGUUCAGCUUUUUCUUGCAGCAGAGAAGCAGGCACUGAAGGGGCAGAAGAGCUCAAGUCUCACAAAUAUAAACCAGAGGGGGAAAGCUGCAAACAGGAGACGCUCUCUGCCUGGAACACCCACCCGCGGGUCUCCUAGGCGACAGAGGCCUUGUCCUUGCAUACCAUUCUCUGUGGGUCGGAAGCAAGCUGCAGCACCAGAGGAUGCAGGAGAAGGGAUGCCAUCUCUUGAGACAGAAGUGUGGAGCUGGGGCCGUGGGUCUGAAGGGCAACUAGGCCAUGGAGAUCAGCUAGCCAGACUCCAGCCUCUAUGUAUCAAGACCUUGACGGGUGAGGAGAUGAUCAAAGUUGCUGCUGGUUCACACCACUCUUUGGCUCUCACUGCUCAAUGUCAGGUGUACUCAUGGGGCAGUAACAUGUGUGGACAGCUUGGGCACGUCAACAGUCCUGUCACAGUUCCUCAACUUGCUAAGCUGUCUGAUGGUCUCCGGGUUUGGGACAUCUCAGCGGGUCAGAGCCAAUCGCUCCUCCUGGCUGAUGGAGACUGUGUCCAGCCAGUCCUGCUGUACUGUGGUCAGCAGCUCCAGCCAGCGUCAGUGCAGAGUGAGAGGUUAAACCAAGGUCAAAGGUCAUGCCAGAGGUCACCCAACAGAGCAGAGAGUUACACAGUCAGACCCACUCUGCUGCCCUUCUGCAUGGAGAUGGGUUAUAUUAGCAGUGUGUGUUGUGGUGGUUCAAGCUGUGCAGUGUUGGCAGACCAGAACGUGAAUGGUUUCAUCUCAGCUGUCCAUGAACUGGCCUCCAGAGAGAGGCAGUUCUUCUGCUGGUUAAGCAGCAUGAGGAAGCUCCUGCUCACCCCGCUACGAAACAGAGAGAGUGUCUGUCCGUCGUUAGGGGAGCCAUGCACUCAUCUCUUCUUCUCUCUCUGUGAGAGUUUUAUUCGUCUUUGCGUCCUGAUUGGUCGCCACUCCGCAUCACUUAGCUACUUCCUGCACAACAUGCAAGGACAGGAUGUCACUUCUCUUCUUCUGCUGACACACACUGAGCACUUUGUGGACAUUUAUAAAGAGUAUUUUUCUUCAGUCAGUGACUUCCAGGUGAUGGGUGGAUUCCAGGCAUUACAUAAACUGUCACUUGAGUGUUUAGGCUCUAAGCAGACAACGCUCACUCAGCUGUGUGUAUCCGACAAAUCUGUCAGUGGGGAAGUUGAUCUGGAUUCGAUGUUAUACUGGCCUCUGCAACAGCUCCACCAGUACAGCAGAGUCCUGCUCAAACUGGCUGCCUGUUAUGACGUGUUAACAACAGAGUAUCAGUCCCUCCAUCAGGGCUGUAGUCAGUAUGAGACUCUGUCUUUGUCCUUGAUCAGAAGGAAAAAAGAGGCUGAAACCACCUUCCUCUUCUGGAAGGCCCAUCCAGGAAAAUCCACUGAGGUUCUGCGUCUCCCCAAACGCCGCGUGGUGUGUGAGAGCCGCAACAGAUCCCUGACUCUGCAGAAUGCUGGGCGGUUUUCCAACCACUGGUUCAUACUGUUCAAUGAUGCACUGGUGCACACGCAGUUCUCCACACAUAGCGUCUAUCCUCUGACCUGUCUGUGGGUGAAACCAGUCACAGAUGACAGCACUGGACUCUAUGCCAUCAAAAUAACAUGCCCAGAGGAGAGUUUCACCAUCGUAGCAUCAACACCUCAAGAGAAGAACAAGUGGCUGCGAUCUCUAAACCAGACGCUGGAUCAUGUGCUGGGUGGUGGAAGUCAGGGGUCGUCACCGGGUUUGACGGCAAUGUCUCGCACAGCUUCCUAUAAGUUCACUGGUGAGGGACGGUUUAAAGACGCCCGUUACAGCGGGGGCUGGCUGGCAGGACAAAUUCAUGGCAGUGGCACCAUGAAGUGGCCAGAUGGACGGGUCUAUAGUGGACACUUUAAGAGUGGACAGGAGGACGGCUUUGGACAGUGUAUGAUACCUCACAAAGCCCUGAAUAAGCCGGACAUCUAUCAAGGACACUGGAAGGAUGGCAAGAUCCAUGGUUUUGGCAAAUACAAGUAUGCCAGCAGUGAGGUGUAUGAGGGAUGUUUCUGUGAUGGAAAACGACACGGCUAUGGAAUGCUGAGUUCUGGCAAGCUGGACAAGAAGUCCUCUGGUGUUUUCAUCGGCCAGUGGGUACACGACAAGAAGACAGGAUAUGGAGUCUACGAUGACAUCACAAGAGGUGAGAAGUACAUGGGACUGUGGUCGGACGAGCAGCGGCAUGGCAGCGCUGUGGUUGUCACUCAGAACGGUGUUUACUUUGAAGGGACCUUCAGAGACAACAAGAUGAGUGGUCCAGGUCUGUUGGUGUCAGAUGAUGACACAGCUCUCCAUGGGGAGUUCUCGGAUGACUGGACUGUCAAUGGGAAGGGUGUUUUAUCUUUUGCCAACGGUGACUGCCUGGAUGGCAUGUUCAGUGGAGAGUGGACCACAGGUUUGAAGGUGGUUGGAACAUACACCAAACCCGCCAAUGGAGAACCCGAGAACAAAGAGAAAAAACACUUGACCAGGCAGGGUCAGUACGUGGUGCCUGCAGGGCAGCGAUGGGUCUGUGUGUUCGAUGAAUGUUGGAGUCGGCUGGGCUGUGAUGCUCCUGGGAGAGGAGAGAGGACCACAGCCUGGGAGAACAUUGCUGUUACAAUCGCAACUGCACGAAGACAGAGCCCAGACCUCAGUAGGUCACAGAGCAAAGUGUUGGAGUCUUUGGAGUUCAUUCCUCAUUAUGAAGAGCAAGUCACUACAGCCAACUAUGACAACAUACGAAGAUACCUCAUGAAGGCGUGUGAAACCCCUCACCACCCCCUGGGUUGGCUGGUGGAGACGCUGGUUACUGUUUACAGGAUGACUUACGUUGGUGUGGGAUCCAACCGCAGGCUGCUCAGACAGGCCGUCAACGAAAUUCAUGCCUUCCUCACACAUUUCUUCAACAUCGUUCGGUUUCUAUUUCCUGGAUUACCUGAUGAUGGCUGUGUCAUCCCAGAACUACCUGCCUCUCAGUCUGAAAGUAGACACAGCUCGUCCUUUGCGGAGCAAUGUGUUGUGGUGCUGAGCUGCUCCUCUCUGCUCCUUCCACUGCUGCUCCCUCGCCUCUACCCCCCUCUCUUUACCCUUUACUGCCUACAGGAGGAGCAGGAGGAGGCCCAGUACUGGGAGCGCGUCCUUAGACUCAACAAACAGCCGGACCAGUCCUUGCUCAGCUUCCUCGGAGUUCAGGAGAAGUUCUGGCCUGUCUGGAUGUCGAUUCUCGGUGAGAAAAAGCAGAUUGUGUCCAGCAGCAAAGAUGCCUGCUUUGUUUCAGCUGUAGAGACCCUUCAACAAAUCAGCACCACAUUCACUCCGUCAGACAAACUCCUCGUCAUCCAGAAGACAUUUGAAGAGUUGACCCAGGAAGUAAAACCCAUGCAGGAAGGGGAAUUCCUGUGGUGCAUGGAUGACCUGCUCCCUCUCUUCCUAUAUGUGUCGGUCAGGGCUAGGAUCAGGAACCUGGGAGCUGAAGUCAGUCUGAUAGAAGACUUGAUGGAUCCCAAUGUUCAGCACGGAGAGCUGGGACUGAUGUUCACCACACUAAAGGCCUGCUACAUCCAGAUUCAGCACGAGUCAACUAUUUAAAGGGGACAGGGAGACGAACAACCAGAAGAGGAAUUAGCAAUAAAAGCAAGGGACAGCACAGCACUUCACAUAUACAGUAGGUGCUGUUGGAGCAUUAACAGUUAAACCACCAGUGUCCACUGGAGGUCACCUGAAGGCUACAAUGUGACCACACAGAAAAAUGGGUAAAGAGACUAUCUAUUUGGUAUGUUGGAGCACGCCAAAGUUCUUGCUUUUCUGUGAAAAACACAACACAUCACUCACUUUUGGUAAAAAAAACUAGUGUCAUCUUUGCAGAAUAGUUUCUGGUAGUAUGUUUUUGUGUGGCUCUUUAGUAAGACCUGAGUUGACGUAAUACAUUUCAAAUACAUCAGCUUGGGUUCUAUUUCUCAGUUCAGUCAUCACCAAAGCAUUUAAAGAAAACCCUAUUUGUGGACUUUUUUUCGGGUUUAACAAAAGUGCAUACAGGAUCAGAAACAUACAGUAAGAACACUGUAUGAGGUGUGCUUUUUUUCUGCUCUUCUACUAACUCAGCACUUCCAUGAUGAAGUCUGAGAAGGGGUCAGGUUUUAAAGUGGGUAAAGGGAUGGUAACUAAUGGUACAAGCGAAUAGUAAUUUACAUUUCUCAGUGGUCAGGCACUCCAGCUGUGAAACUUCAGGCGAUUAAAGUCUUGAUUUGAAUCACUCUGGUUCCAUAAAACUGUAACAAAUUAAGACCAACUGGUAACAGGAAUUGUAGUAUUUUGUAAAUAACAGAUUUUAAAGAAACAUUUUCGAAUCUCAGGAAAAGCAACUUUGACAAAAAAAAAAAAAGUGUACUGAAGCCAGAUGGUAGUUACCUUUAAAAGUUCAGGUAAUGAAAGGGAAAACACUCUCUCAAAAGAAAAAUGAUAUUUUAAUAUUUACAGUCUCCUGAGACAGUUUAAAUCAUUCAUAUUUAUUGAUCUAGGAAAACUUAACUUCUACCAAUCUACUUAACUACUGCCAGAUGCUGCUGUUUGAAGUCAAAGAAGCAGACUGUCUCAGGUAUGAAUAUUUGAUAAUAAUAGGUAAUAUUUGAGGACAGUUACCGGUACAUCUCAAACAAGGGAAAUACCCUAGCACACUUUCAAUGAUAAAUUUAGGGUACAUUGUUUAGCCAAGCAUUAAUGAUCAAUUCUCUUGUGAUAUUUCAUGGUUUGUACUUCUGUAGCAUUUGUGUUUUGCUUUUCUGUAAACAAGCAUAUAUGAACAAGUCUGAGGGAGAAUGUUGCACUGACAGUUUUCUUUUUUGUUUAGCUAAAGGGAGGGAGAAAUAAUUUAAACACUUGAACCAUUUUCUUAUGAACUACUGCACUUGAAUAAGAAAUAAGAGAUGCAUAUGCAACAGUUAUCACACUAUACGUGUCUUUUAAUGCAGAUCCAUUAAAAAAUGUUUUUAAAGUUUUAGCUAGGCUUCAAGAAAAGGUACUUUUAAUACAUUUAGUUUCAUUCUUUGAUAGUUUGGCUUCAACAUUAUCCUGUUUUGGGUUUUUUAAGCACCUUAGAGAGCUGCAGUUUCCAGGUAACCGUUACUGAAUUGACUCUUUACUUAUUAGUGAUUCAAGCAAAAUAAUAAAUCUAAUAUUUUUCUUGUAUCAGCAAGUUUCUCUUAAUCCCAUUGAGUUUCAUUACUUGAAUCUGAAAUGGGUGUACAACACUCUGCUGUUAAGGACAUAAAAAAAAACAGAAUGUUAAAAAAAAAAAAAGAUUGUGAUCAAAUUUUUAUAUAUUUUUUCUUUCCAUAUUAUAAAAUAUGUAUGGAUAGACAUAUGGACAUUACAAAAAAUAGAGUACAUGUUCACAUACCUGUACAAAGGUUUCUAUACAAAUACCAUGAAUACACAGUCAAGAUGAAAUAAUACUGAUAGUAGUAAUCAUAAUAAAUUGAUAUAAUAAAUAAACAAAGACACACAGAGAAUGUUAAAUUUGUAGUUCAAAUAUAUGACAACCACAUGAUUAGGUUACUUUGAGAGCAUCUGAAUUCACAGUACUGUACAGCUCUGAUGUUACUGGCUAUUGAUAGCAGUCUUUUCUCAGGACUAAAGCAAACCUGUAGAAAAACUGAAAUUCCUAAUCAAACAACAAGCAGAAAGUUAAAAAGAUCAUUCAUGUAUUUUCUCGUAUUUCAACAUUAGUCAAUUUAAUGUGCACUGUAUUACUACUCAACUUUUCCUAGAAUGUAAACACUCCGAAUCUGUGUGGCGUGAUAAAAUGAUUUUAUUUUUGCUAUAACAACCACUGCUGUGUAAUGUAACAUGUGUACAUGAAUAACAAAACGGUAUUCAGUUAAUGCCUUGCCUCCAUUACAUCCAUAUUUGAGUUGACAGUACACGUGUUCUGCAUGUCUGAGCUAAGUGACAACAACUCAAACAUAUUAUAGCACUGCCAAUCAAAGUCUGUCACAUACAGCAUUCAAUGUAUUGUCUAUCACAGCUAAUGUUAUAUAUGAUAAUGCACUUUUCGCCACAAAACAAAUAUAUAUAUAUAUACCUAAAUUAAAAGCAAUGAUUUGUUUUAAUUCAACAUUAUUUGGAGGUGUAAAAGGCUGUAACCUGACUGAAUUGAUGUAUUUGUUUUAUUUUUCUUACCAAGUCUUAUAUAUUUUUGUAACAUGUCUAGAAUAAGAAGGUACGGGGAACUGAUCAAACAUGGUUAAUAGUUUUUGGAUGUAUAUAUUUUGCAUUGACAUGGGAAAUUAACUAUAGUGUUCAUUAAAAAAGGGCAAUAAAUUGUUUCAAAUCUGAAAA